GCUGGCUCGUGAUUGGCUGGCUGGCUCAAGGCUGGAUUUUGACUGGUCAACUCCUGCUGAGUGGAAGUUUUGGGGCAACUUUGAGCCCACGGUCGAGCUAGCUAGCGAGCUUAGCAGGGUAGCAGCGACAGUGGAGAGGCCAGCAAACUUUCUCUUUCUUUUUGUUUUUUCUUUUUUUUUCACCCCACUUACGGCGUCAACGUCGCGCUCGGUUGGCGGCGAAGCGCCGACGCCUCUCGAUGGAUUCCGGACGCUUUCCGUCGCUUGAGGUCCGCGAAAGCGAGCGUUAGGAAGACUUUGGGACAAAGUUUUGCGGUGUGUUUUUUUUUUUUCUGGUGGAGGAGGAAAGAGAAAGAUGGACGCGGCGGCAGAUCUCGUGUAGCAAGCGGGGGCUGAUUCUGAUUCCAAUGCUAAUGCUAAGGUAACUAGUGCUAAUGCUAACGCCGACCGUCCGUCGGAGCUGCUCGGCCGGACGCAGCGCGAGGACUUCCGCCGCUUUUGGAGGGAUCCAGUCGGCUUCCAGUUGGUGUCGUCCACUGCUUUGAUCUUCAUCUUUAUCCUCAUCCUCAUCCUCGCUGUGACAAAGGCUCUCGCGUGCCGACGAUUGCGCCGCUAACCAUGGAGGAAGACCUUAGACGAGCUACGUGGGUGCAGUAAGGCAUCAUGGGUAGUAGCUGUUCAAGCUGUCCAGACAAAGAGUUGAUCGCGGAUAAUCAUCAAAGUAAAUUCAAGGUGAUCAACGUGGACGACGAUGGGAACGAGCUGGGCGCCGGCGUGAUGGAGCUGACUGUCGGCGAGCUGGUCCUGCACACGCAUCGCCGCGACGACGUCAGGUGGCCGUACCUGUGCCUGCGCCGCUACGGCUACGACUCCAACCUCUUCUCCUUUGAGAGCGGCCGCCGCUGCCAGACGGGACAAGGCAUCUUUGCGUUCAAGUGCGCACGGGCCGAGGAAAUCUUCAACAUGCUGCAGGAAAUCAUGCACAGUCACAGCAUCAGCGUCGUGGAGGAAGCCGUGCUGGACGCCGGCCACCAGGGGGCGGCGCUCUCGCCUGCGGCCCUGGGGUACUCGGUGCCGACGGUGCCCAACGGCGUGUCGCGGCUUCCGUCGGCGGGCGACGUCCCGUCCCACCCGUCCAGCCGCCACCCGUCGGUGGCCAGCACCCGGCUGCCGUCGGUGGGCGAGGAGUCCACGCACCCCCUGCUGGUGGCCGACGAGAGCGCCGGCGCGCCGCGCGCCGCCGCCGCCGCCCCGGCGCCGCCCGACGAGCGCUGCGACGGCUUUCAGGCGCACACGUACGUGAACACGGCGCGUCUGCCGGAGGAGCCGCCCAGCCCGCCGAGCGGCGCUCCGCCGCUCGAGAGCCCCGCCUCCUCGGAGGCCCGACGACCCCCGAGCCCUCCGCCCCCUCCGCCGGAGCCCCGGGUGCUGCUGGAGCCGCAGGGGGCGCGCUUCGUGCUGGGCCCCACGCCGGUCCAGCGCCGGCUGCGGGAGGCGGGAGAGACUCGAGAGAGCGACGGCGAGGCGGGCGAUGCGGGCGCGGCGCCCCACUGCCGCCGCCCGACCCCGCCCACCCCCGAUCCGCACAACGCCAACAACUCGGCGCAGCGACGCACGGCGCUGCUGGACUACGAGAACCUGCCGGCGCUGCCGCCCGUGUGGGAGGCGCGCAAGUCCAGCUGGGAGGACGAGGAGGCCGGCGGCGGCGGCGGCGGCGGCGGCGGGCUCAAGACGCCGUCGCUCAACGGCUUCAACCCGCCCCACUGCUGCCCCCUCCCGCUGUCGGCCGCCCCCGAGCCCUCGCACAACUACGUCAACACGGAGAACGUGACGGCGCCGCUGAGCGCCCACCGGCCCGACACGGCUCGGCGCCGCCCCGACGGGCCCACCGUCUUCAACUUUGACUUCCGCCGGGCGGCGGGCGCGGCCGAGCCGCCCAAGACGCUCAACUACAUCGAGGUGGAGACGGACAACGGGGGCGGCAACCGGGGCGCCUCGGACGGCAGCGACCCGCACACGCCGCGCACCCCCACCUCGCCGCCGCCGCCGCCCGGCACGCCCACGCGCCGCACCGAGCUCUACGCCCUCAUCGACAUCGAGCGCACGGCCGCCAUGUCCAACCUGCAGAAGGCGCGGCCGCGGGACGACGGCACCUCGCGCAAGACGCGCCACAACAGCACUGAGCUGCCGAGCAAGAGCGCGGCCGCCUUGUGACUUUGUUUCUUCUUCUAUGGUACAAAUCAGUAUUACUGAAGCAAGCAUUCCAUUCAGCUCUGUUCAUGCUGCUCCCAACUUCUGGUACACGACUUUUCUUUUUUUUUUGAUUGCGCCACAUUAAAAGUAUCUUUUCUUUGUA